ACUAACCCACCCAACCCGACUCAAAAAUUUUCAGGUUAUCGAGUUCGGGUCAAUCGGAUUUCGGGUUACAAAAAUUUAUAGUUUUCAGACGGUUUCGGGUCGGGUCAACGGGUCGGAUCGUAAUUUGUCAGGUCAAAAUGCGAUGGUUUGUUUUAUAAUUUAGUUUCCAGUGUCGACUGUUCUUGAGUGGCCGCUUUUGUUUAGCUUGCCCUGUUCCUAGUAUCUUCUCUUUCGUUGAUUCCAUAUAGAUGGGGAAGGGCAUCGUUGCUUCUAUGUUUCGAUAUGGUAUAUUCUCACCUGGUGCAAAGUUUUCACAGAAUCGCAGAUUUGCAAACACCGAAAGAAUGGCCUGGGUACAGAUCAUCAAUCAAAUAUUUGCCCUCAAAACCUCCAGAUACCAUUACCUAGGACUAAAAGGUAGCUGCAGUCGCACCAUGUUUAUCACAUGGUUCGGAGAAUCCAGGCUAUACCCUCAUACUUUAACCUGUGCUUCUCCCUCGUUUAAAUAACAAAACCAGUGGCGAUUGUUCAAAGUGGUGUUUUGGUAAAAGAGUUUUUCAAUUGGUGUAUCAUGUACCUUAUUUCUGCACGGAUGAUGCUGGAGAGUUCCUGUUUCGCUUGAGUACCUAUGGACACGCAAAAUACAGCACAUGGUACUCUGAUCUCCCAGAUCCAUUCCAUAACCUGAGGCCAAAAUCAUCUCCUGCAAGAAAGGUAUCACCUCUGCCGUGAGCUCUGUUCAGGGUUAAUAUGGUCUCUCUCUCCUACUGAUCUGAGACUCUCUAGAUUCCAACCCUCAAUGGACCUGUCAUACGAAAUCCAAUAGCUGUGUCAAUGUUAUGUUAACGCGAUGAGAACAUCGGUUCUAAAAGUGACUCUAUAGGUAAGGUGGAAGAAAUCUGAAGCCGACUCCCCAAACAUGCUGAUCAGGAAAGAGGAUGGCCACAGCAGCAGCAGCAGCAGCCUCAUCGGCUAUAGGUUGUUUGAGCCGUAAAAACCAGCUGGUUUGGAGAUCUUGGUGAUGUUGAUGCAGUGAAAGUCAUCGAGCACAUCGAGCUAGAAUGAGAAAGAGUGCACUACUGGUGGUCCAGUCACCUGGCUAACUCCAAAAUGGAGAUCAGAGGGAGACCUGCAGGCAUUUUCAGCUGCAGCCAUUGUCAGCUGCAACCAUUGCCAGGCCUAUAUAUGAUAGCUUUCCGAGUCCUUUCAGUUAGGGGAGAUACAAAGCAGCUGUCUACUAGGGUUAUACCCAUCAUAAACAUAAAACCACUUCGGAUGUCAUUUUGCCGCAAAACGGGUUUGCUGAGUGAAGAAUUGCCUACUUUUCGACCAGCGAGAGAGCCAGCCAAACCCAGCUGGCAAUGAUCAAGUUGAAUUCAGGCCUCUGAAUUUGUAGCUAGAUGAUCAAAACUGGAGAGAUUGGUUCGAGUUACAUGUAAUCAUUUUAUAAUCUCUCAUCCAUUCACUUGAAUCCAUAUCUAGUAUAUGAGACCGGAAAUUUAAGUGCUCAUCAGUACAGCAAGAAAUUUGCAUUUUUGCCAUAUACCUUGAGCGAAUUAUGUUGUUUCCAAGGUGACAUAUUUUAAUGGCUUUUGAGUAGCCCAUAUAAGGAAUUCGCACUUUGCUGGAAAGAUAAUGACAUAAAACAAAUAACCAUUUCCAGGCCUUCUUUCCCUCGGUCAUCCAUGUACAUUUGGUAUGCAAGAGAUUUCACAUAUGCAAGAGGGAAAGGGUGGGAUUGAGAACCUGUAAUGUUGUAAUGUAUUAAUUUUCCAAAAAUUGGAAGAUUCCUGUGCUAUGCUAUGGUAAACUUAAAUCUACUAGACAUAAUCGUAACAUCCAAGUUCAUGCACUUUCACCUUAAGUUCAGAAAUCUACCAAAAGUAUUUACCUUUGUAUCUAUCGGCCACCAGGCAGCUCGUUAACUCCAUAUUAUCUCCCCCAAGAGCUUGUUAACUGCAUCUGGGGCAGAUUCUUCGCCUCUUAUGCUUACCCCAAAACCUGCAUUACCAGAAACUUGCAGAGCUCAAAUCCUUCUGUGGGUUAACAUAUGCUACAUGUCAAAUCUCAGUGAUGGUUCAAAAAUUACUCCAGUUAGCUAACUCUCCCAUUCCUGGAAAUUUCAGUUUUCAGCAAUGGAAGCAUAUCUGGACAAUAACUUAUCAGGAUAACUCUCUUCCUACAUGCAAUACCAGACAUUAAUGAAAUAGCAAAACCAUCUCUGCAGAUGGGCAAAAUCCAAUACAAGUUUCAACUAGGAGGACCCCCUAAGCGAAAUAAGGAAACCAGAAGCCAAUUGAUAUAGAAACUGCAUAUGUGAAUUUGCAGUGAGACAAAUGUGGGAAGGAUGUACAGAAUGCAGCACAGGGGGCACUUCAAAGACAAGGAUAGAUGCAACAUUGAACAACCAAAUCUAAGCAAAAAAUAUUCAACAUAAACCAGAUAAACACAGCAUGAUGUUGAGACAGUCUUCAGAUGCAACUAACUUUGACAUAGGCUCAUGCAUUAUCUUCACAAGUAAAAAAGGGAGUAAAAUGCACACCGAGGCUCUUGUCCCUAACACCACUGCCAAUUACACAAUCAGAUAGACUACCAAAUACAAAAAAUAUAAGAAAAAACUUAACAGCUAGGUAACUACGCCAGUUCUCCUUCAGUUCUUAACCUUGAUUCCAUAAGCAAUCAAAAAAUAUCAUGCAACACAAAUGUAACCAAAAAAUUCAUAACAUCCUCUAGGGUAGACCCCCACUGGAGAACAAGAAAGCAAUCCACCCAGCUUCAUCUUGCAUCCUUUAACUGGGUGUUAAACCACUUUAAACAAAAAAUAAGCAUUCAAUAAGAACAGUGGAUAAGCUGCUAAUGUCAAUAGGUUUUAUUCUUUUCAGAUUUGGCCACAGGAAAGUGAUAAACUAGGCCUAGCUCGGCAAUGGCAUUAUCCAAUAGAUAAAAAGAAAUUAGCCUACCCUUUUGAAGUCCAAUCUAGAGGAAAACUUACAAAGACAACCCACAAGAUUAGAGUGUGGUGAUCACCCAUCCCUAGGUCCAUGUAUUCAUGAAAAUUCUUGUAGACCAGAAGAGCUGAGAGAUACACAAGAAGCAACAAAGGUUCAACAAAUAAAACCCCAAGCAAGAGACUACCCACUACUUAGGGAUGCUAAAACCACAAAGCUUCACAAUUCCUUUAUUCCUUUCUUUUUUACCAUACUUCUCUUCGUUCUACUUCUUGAUUGAAUAAUCAUCUUUGUUUCCUAAUAUAUGAACCUCCAUAACAAUCUUAAGAACAGGGGCAGUCCGGGUCACCUUCAUUAAAUGAAACUAAUAAUAAGUA